GUGAAAUGUGUCAUAAUUUGCAUAGCAAUCACAUAAUAAAAUGAUUUCUUGAAUUCCAUUUUAUAUUUCUUGUGGGGGAAGAAGUGGAAAAGACUUUCUUUGGUUACUUUCUUGUUUUUUUUAACUCCUUAAAACCUUGCAAAUACCCACAUCAAAAACCCUGCAAAUACCCACAUCAAAUUAUGUAUACAGGGAAGAGAUUUUAGUGCAAAUUCUUGGAGGAAUAGAGGAAUAGAGGAAAAAGGGGAGUCAUGGAUAGAUAUCAGAGGGUGGAAACACCCAAACCUGAAAUUGCAAUAAAUCAGAAUGAAAUCCGUGUUACCACCCAAGGACUUAUCAGGAAUUACAUCACCUAUGCAUCCAGUCUUUUGCAGAACAAGACAACCCCAGAAAUUGUCUUGAAGGCGAUGGGCCAAGCCAUUAGCAAGGUUGUAGCUAUUGGGGAAAUAAUCAAACGGAGGGUGCCUGGUUUGCAUCAGAUUACCUCAAUCAGCUCAACGAGCAUAACAGAUGUUUGGGAACCAAUUGAAGAGGGAUUGCUUCCCUUGGAGACAACAAGGCAUGUUUCAAUGAUCACAAUUACUCUCUCAACCAAGAAGCUGGAUUCUACUGCCACAGGAUACCAGGCUCCCUUGCCUACUGAUCAAACCAAAGUUGAAAAAAGUAUCAAAGUUGAUGGAGGAGGUAGAGGAAGAGGUGGUGGAAGAGGAAGAGCAAGAGGUUGGGGCAGAGGAUGGGGAAGAUCGGAGAAUGGUAGUUACAAUGAGAAUGAAGGCAACUAUGUUGGAGGUUACUACAAUGGAGGGGGAUGGUAUGUGGGUUGGGGUGUUGGUGGUGGUAGAGGGCGAGGAGUAUUUCGUGGACGUGGAAGGGGCAGCAGCAUGGGCAGAGGCAGGCGAAGAAAGGGAUAAGCCCAUCAAAGAAAUGUGAUCAGAAUUACAUCUGGCCAAUGCAUGUUUUGUUUGAUUGGCUUGUUAGAGUUGAAAUUGGCUUGAUUGGCUUGAUACAGGGUUGCCUUUAUAGUUUGGUUGAAAAGAAUAAGAAUAGUUCUAAAAACUCUCCUCCUCUUUCUUUCUUCUUUUUUUUUGGAAUAAUGUAAAUUUUCAUUAAUUUUCUAAACAAAAAUCUUGUAAAUAAAUCAUAUAUUUGUUUUAA